CGAUUAACGUACGUAUAUACGUCCGCUCACACACGCGCGUCAGAGGGGAAAUAAUCGCGGUGGUGUGUUUAUCUUGUGUGUAAACUUAUCUUUUCGUGCGUGUCCGCUUGUACAUUCAGCGAGAAAAAUGAAAAACGGUAGCAGAUUACUGAAAGUCCUUCUACAAGCUUCAGAAAAGGCGGCAAAUAUUGCCAGGACAUGCCGACAGAAGGAAGCCUUAUUUCAAUUACUAGUACAAGAAAAAUCUUUAGAAGAAAAAAAUCCUCGUUUCUUUCAAGAUUUCAAAACGUUAGCUGAUGUCCUUAUUCAAGAAACUAUUAGACAUGAUAUAGAAAUAGAGUUUCCAGAGUUGGCCAAAUUGGUGCAAGGUGAAGAAACCAAUGUAUUCAGCAAUACCCUGGGAGAAUCAAUCGUGGUUGAAGUUUGUUCAUCUAGUGAAGAGACAACGCAAUUGCUGACUAAAGUUAUGGGCAAUGAUGUUGUGGCGGCAGAAUUUCUUGCUGCUGAAGUCCAUAAGGACAUUCAGUUGUCAGACGUGCCAAUCACACUAGAGAUCCCUGCUGAAUUUGACAUCAAUGAGGAUGAUCUUGGUAUUUGGAUAGAUCCUAUUGAUUCAACGGCAGAUUACAUUAAUGCAACGGAGACAGUGGACGAAGAGACCGGCUUGCAUUUAAGUGGAUUACGUUGCGUUACUGUACUUAUCGGGGUGUAUAAGAAAAGUACAGGAGUACCAGUUUUGGGUGUAGUCAAUCAACCUUUCUGCACCAACAUAGACUCGCAAUGGUCAGGAAAAUGUUACUGGGGUUUUCUGGAGUGUGGCGUUGGUAAGACUUCUAUAAGUGAGGCCUGCAAUGCUGAUAAGAUCAUCCUACUUAGCCGCUUCGAAGAUACGGACGUAAAGUCGAAGUUGUUGAGCAGCGGGUUCAGAUUGGUUGAAGCAACUGGAGCAGGCUACAAAAUACUGAGCGUGGCUCUUGGACAAGCUGCUGCUUACAUUUUAUCAAAGAGUUCUACUUAUAAAUGGGACACAUGUGGACCACAAGCUCUCCUGUCAUCAAUAGGUGGAGGCAUCAUCGAGUUCAAAGAAUUUGUCAUACGUCCAAACUCUGAAAAUCUAAGUCUGAACUACCUACCUGUUGGCACGAAUUUUUCCAACAGCAGAGGCCUGAUUGCAUAUAGAGAUCCUCAGAUCUUGGAAACUUUCAAGUGUAUUCUAUGUAGAACAGCUAAUUAAAAUAAACGUUUAUGUCCAAGUCGUAUAACGAUAAAGUCUGACGUUCUAAAGAUCUUUUUGAUGAUUGUACGAUCAAAUCUUGAAUUGCAGAGUCCAUAAAUUUUACACGGGAAAGUUCCAAAUGAUGGUCCUCCGAAAUUUAUUCUACUUUUACCGUAUUCAAUUCGGCUGUACAAAAUGAUUAUAACACUCGACAAGUGAAGCACACUUGUUAUAACAUUAUAACACUCGACAAGCAUUCGACAAGUGAAUUAAUAUGGUAAUAUUUAUCGAUCAGGCGGAAUGGAUUUAUAUAUUACUUGCUAAUCGAUGUAGCUAAUGAUUAAUUGUGAUAUAUUAAAUGUGACUCCAAAUAUAGAUUAUUCAAUGUA